GAGGCUGGACGGACACCGCGGAUUUAAUUUGCUCUAUCCACUCUCUCUCGUGGACUCGUCCGUGGUCCUCUUCCCCGCCGUCUUCCUCCUCCUCCCCCUCCCCCUCCCUAAUCCAAUGGCUGCUGCGGCCUCUUCCUCGGCCUCGCCGCUUCUCCUCCCGUCAGGGCCGCGUGGCGCUAGCUCGAGGGCCUGGCUUCCCAGCGGCGGCGGCGGCAGGGCGUUCAUCAGAGGUGGCAACACCAGGGCGCCGUGCUGCUGCAGGGCUGCCGCUGGCGGAAGCGCGGCGCAAUGCGGAGGAGCUGACGACGACAACGGCGGCGUGGUCACGCGGAGGGGCGUGUUUGGGGCGGUGGUUCUGGGGGUGUCGUCGUCCGCGUUAUGCCUGCAGGCCGCGCUCGACGCCGUCGCCGGCGGGCUGCCGCCGGAGGAGAAGCCCAAGCUCUGCGACGCCGCCUGCGAGGCAGAGCUCGAGAAUCUGCCUAUGGUGACUACGGAGUCCGGUUUGCAGUACAAGGACAUCAAAGUCGGCCAAGGGCCGAGUCCGCCCAUUGGCUUCCAGGUUGCUGCAAACUGCAUCGCCAUGGUGCCAAACGGACAGAUAUUCGAUAGCUCGCUGGAGAAAGGCCAGCCCUACAUAUUCCGUGUUGGCGCAGGACAGGUGAUAAAGGGACUUGAUGAAGGGAUCUUGUCGAUGAAAGUUGGAGGACUGCGUCGGUUGUACAUACCCGGUCAAUUAGCAUUCCCUAAGGGCCUUACUUCAGCACCCGGAAGGCCAAGAGUGGCUCCGAGCAGCCCCGUCGUAUUUGACGUCAACCUAUUGUUCGUACCUGGUCUUGACGACGAUGAGUGAAAGCAUCAUUUUGCAACUUUACAGGAGGCAACUGAAGAGAAUGAUUUUCUGUUUGUGAAUUACCAUGUAUGUAGAGUGACAAUUGUUUUCGGCAGCAAAUUAUACUAAAGUAUGAUGAUUUGUAUUAAGUGUGUAGCAACCUUGGUUGUGAAUGGAACAAUGUAGCCUCAGUGAUAUAAAGAUAUGUGCUAAUCCUUCUACUCA